AUGUCUCAAAUUGACGAAGCCUUCGAGUUUCAAAAACUCCUGAAUCAACCACAGAGCGACGUUGAUGGUGGUAAUAGUGUCAAUAAUGAUAUCAACCACCUCGAUAACAACAAUGGAAUAGAUUCUGCCUUUGUUGGUAUUAGUGUUAAUAAUGAUAAUAUCAAUGAAAUAAAUUCCACCUCUGAUGGUAUUAAUAAUAAUAAUAAUAAUAAUAAUAAUAAUAAUAAUAAUAAUGAUAGCAUCAAUGAAAUAGAUUCCACCUCUGAUGCUAAUAAUCAAUUUCAAUUUGAUAGAUUCAAACAACGUGAUGGUCACCAAUACGAUCUUUCGAAUUCCGAACCUAUUAACUGUUUGCCGGUAGCCCCUUCACAAUCAUCGCAGCCUGAUCCAAACCAAACUUCAAAUUUUGAUAAUAAUCAAUUGUGUUAUAUUAAUAAUGACACUUCAACAAGUCAACAGAAUGAAGAUCACUCCAAUACUUCAAAUCAAUUGUAUUAUAAUGAAAUGACUGAAGUUACACCUCCAUUUCCUCCUGGUAAGAGAAAGCAAGAAACAGACAAAGAACCUGAGCCCAACAAAUCUCAAAAGACUGAAGCUUCACCGACAACACCAACAACACCAACAACAACAAUAACAACACCAACAACACCAACAACACCAACAACACCGACAACAUUCCAAUCUGUCAAUGAUGUAGUCAAGUUUCCCUCCAAUGCAACCCUCAAGGUGAUCACCCAAGGAUUGAAACUAAUCCCCAAUGGAAAGGUUGCUUUUCUAUUCAUUGUCAGUGACUUGCCGGAAGGAAAGGCUAUUAGAGCAGAAUUUGACAACUUUUUAGAGAGAGUGAACGAUCUUCUUUCAAAGAGGCUUCAUUUACUAGGUCUUCUUCUACAAAAUACUGUAGUUCUAAAGACGUAUGGCGAUCGUUUCAAGACGGGAGAUAGUAACAGCACAGCAAUGGAAGUGAAAAUAACUUGUCGGAAAUGUAGAUAUUCAACAAACAUAGAACAAGAUCAAAUGUUGGGUAUAACGCCACAAUUUUCUUUUAUUCCAGUCUUCUCUGGAUAUGUCUAUCAAACUCAUGAUAUCAAAUUUAAGUUACCCCGUCUCGGUUAUCAUGAUGGUAACGGUUUCCCUCUUGGUGAGGGAGUCCCUGACCAAUCGAUUAUCCACUGCCCUCAAUGCCGAACCAGACCAACAACCCCAGCUCCUGCUGAUACAAUAACAUCAUCAACAACAACCACAACAACAACCACAACAACAACCACAACAACAAAUAACCAAAGAACAUUAAAUGCUCAAACCUCCUUCUUCGACGAGUGUAACCAAGUUCUUGAUCCUCAGUUCUUCUGUGAUGAUAUCCAUAGCACUCAACUAUACCAAACUCAGGCAUCCGACGCUCACUAUAAUUACUACUCCUCUCCAGCAACUGCGGAGCCAAUGGAUACUACUCCUCCAGCAAACUCUACCUUUUCUCCAGAUCAACAGGAAUAUCACGCCAACCUUGGAGAUUAA